CGUUCUUCCCUGUCAAAGACACACAAAUGAGUCUCCUCCAUCCAUCUCACUCGCUACCUACACCCAACGCGCCACCGCUGCCGGUAUUCCUCCCCAAUGAACUGAUUGCAGAAGUGCUAUCAUGGUUUACCGUAAAGCCACUGAUGCGGCUGAUGUGUGUGUCUAAGUCAUGGAAAUCUCUCAUCUCCGAUCCCACCUUCGUCAAAUUACACCUUCAUCGAUCUUCACAAAAUGCAGAUUUCACGUUUGCAUAUACUGAUGAUUUAUAUAACUCAGGUUGCAGGUCUGUAUCAUUUACUGUUAUUCGUCCAUUCGAAAACUCUCCGAUCGUUAUCAAUCUUCCUAAGGAUCCUUAUCAUCAAUUGAAUGACAAGGACAUUCGUUAUGUUGUUGGUUCCUGCAAUGGAUUGUUAUGUUUGUUAGGCUCUUCUCGCGUCAAUGCCAAAACUGAGAAGUGGUUUCGCUUCUGGAACCCGGCCACGGGGACAAUGUCACCUAGAUUAGGUUCUUUUUGCGAUAACGAUCCUGGUAUCCCUUUUAAUUUUACUUUUGGUUGUGAUAAAUCAAACAACACAUAUAAAGUGGUAGCGAUAAUGAGAAAAACAGUAAGAAUUUUCAGCUUGCAAGAUAAUGUUUGGAGAAAUAUUCAAGAUCCUCCGGAGCAUAGUUAUUGCUCGAUGAAGGCAGUGUAUCUGCGUGAUAGUGUUAAUUGGUUGAUAAUUCGAAAUCACUACCGUCCUACUCAAAAGUCUACCACUACCAACAAACCAUUCGCGAUUAUUUCACCAGAUUUGGAUACUGAGACACAUACUCAAUUUUCAUUCGCGAUUAUUUCACUUGAUUUGGGUACUGAGACGCAUACUCAAUUGUCGCCUCCUCAGUGUUUUCAUGAAAUUCCAAUUGAUGUACCAAAUUUAAGUAUCGUAAACGAUUGUCUUUGUUUUUCGCAUGAUUUUGAAAAGACCCAUUUGAUUAUAUGGCUAAUGAAGGAAUUUGGGAUGGAAGACUCUUGGAUUCAAUUCCUUAAAAUUAGUUAUCAUGAUCUUCAAUUAGAACAUCCACGUGCUGAUUUGUUCCCAUUAUGUCAUUUGGAGAAAAAUGAUACACUAGUAUUGACAAACCAAAGUAAAAGAGGAAUAAUUAUCUAUAACCGGAGAGAUAAUAGACUAGUGAAAAUCUCUAACCCUCUUUGGUACACUUGCGCCAAUUAUGUUGAAAGCUUAGUAUCUUAUUGUUGA